UCUCUCUCUCUCUCUCUCUCUCUAUCACUCACAGUCUCACACACUCAAAAACCUAUUCGUAUUCUUUACUAGCUUUCUUCUAAGUCUUCACUCUUUUAUCAUACCUUGUUUAGAUUCUGAUUGUUCACGUGUCUCUGUCUUGUCUUGUCCCAAAUCCUUAAACAUUUCACUUAAACUCUUUGAAAGCUUAACCCUUUUCCUAAGUUUCUCUUUUGGGGUUUAUGCUCCUCCAUGAUGCUCUUUCUUCUCAAAGAUUCUAAUUAACAUCACAUCUCUCAAUUUCUUUUGCAUUGGAGAAAGAAAGCAAAACUAAUGAAGAACUUUUACGAAUUCUCAGUAUAAUAUCCACCCAAGAAACACUCUCUCCUCUCUCUUACACCAAAAUCUAUGACGAUGAAGAGAGCUUUACCAUCUCCUUCCUCACUGCUCUUCUUUCUCCUCUCUCUUACACCACUCUUUCUCUGUCGAGGAUACAGAGUCUCUGCCUCAAUGCCUCCAUCUGAGUCAGAAACUCUCUUCAAGAUCAUGGAGUCAAUGUCUUCUGAUCAACAAUGGCGUCAGUCCCACCCAAACCCUUGCGCACCUGGCUCAUCUUGGCCUGGCAUUGAAUGCAAAACCGGUCCAGACCACUUGUCUCACGUCUCUCGACUCGAUUUCGGCUCUGCUCCAAACCCUUCUUGUAAAUCCUCUGCUUCUUUCCCUUCUUUAGUCUUCUCUCUCCCUUUUCUCCAAUCAGUCUUCUUCUUCAACUGCUUCACUCACUUCCCUACCACAAUCAUCUUCCCCAUUAAGCUCCUCCCUAACUCCUCUCUUCAACAGCUUAGCCUCAGAUCAAACCCUUCUCUCUCAGGCCAAAUCCCUCCUCUUAUUUCUUCUCUCAAAUCUUUACAAAUCCUCACUCUCUCGCAGAACCGAUUAAUCGGAGACAUCCCUCCGGCGAUUUUCUCACUGAAAAGCCUCGUACACCUCGAUCUCAGCUACAACAAGCUCACAGGUAAGAUUCCUCUGCAAUUGGGGAAUCUCAACAGCCUCGUUGGCUUAGAUUUGAGCUACAAUUCUCUAACGGGUACCAUCCCUCCAACGAUCUCGCAACUGGGUAUGCUUCAGAAACUCGACCUGAGCUCGAACGCACUCCUCGGACGGAUCCCACAAGGAGUAGAACAGCUUCGUUCUUUAUCAUUCAUGGCGUUAAGCAACAACAAACUAAAAGGAGCUUUCCCAAAAGGAAUCUCGAAACUUCAGAGUUUGCAGUACUUCAUAAUGGAUAAUAACCCAAUGUUCGUUGCUCUCCCCGUUGAACUAGGGUUCCUGCCUAAACUCCAAGAGCUCCAACUCGAGAAUUCAGGAUAUUCCGGCGUUAUCCCGGAGAGUUACACCAAACUGAUGAACCUUAGCUCGUUGUCUCUGGCCAACAACAGAUUGACCGGCGAAAUCCCACAUGGGUUUGAGUCUUUGCCUCACGUUUUCCAUCUGAACCUCAGCAGGAACUUACUGAUCGGCGUCGUGCCGUUCGAUUCGAGUUUCUUAAGGCGGUUAGGUAAAAACUUGGAUUUGAGCGGGAACAGAGGAUUGUGUCUGAGUGCAGAGGAUGAGUUCAGUGUCGUUAAGACAGGAGUUGAUGUCUGCGGGAAGAACGUUACUAGUGGUGCAGCAGCUGCACCGGUCGUGCAUUCAUCGAAGAAGAAAUCUCAAGCUGGUCCUUCUCGGUAUUGUAGAUCUUGUUUCUUCUCCAGUGGUGCUCUGUUUCAGUUAGCUCUGUUUCUGGGAUUACAUCAACGAUUGGUUCUCUAAGAGGGACAAAAGACAAAACAAACAGACAAUUAAAUAUAGGGUUUAUCGAAUCCCUGAAAAAGAGAGAAAGAUUAGUGUUUGUUCCCAAAGUAGAGACGAUGAUUUCAAGGGAAAUAAAUUAUUUUAGUAGUCGAUUUUGAUGUGUAUUUAGUUUCCUAUUUAAGCAAUGUACCUUAAAAUGUUGUUUUCUUUA